AUGCUACACAUCAAUCCCCCGAUUACCAAUCGAUUGCACCAUGGAUUGCAGGAUCGCACACAGGAUUGCAGGAUUGCACACUUGAUUGCGGGAUUGCACACAGGAUUGCAAUCGGAUUUACAAUCCAUCCAAGUGACUUAUACAUUUCGAUCUGGCAUCGUUGGAGUAGGAUUGCACACAGGAUUGCAAUCGGAUUUACAAUCCAUCCAAGUGACUUAUAGAUUUCUAUCUGGCAUAGUUGGGGUAGGAUUUCAAUCUGGAUUGCAACCGGGUUUACAAUCCAUCCAAGUGACUUAUACGUUUUCAUAUGGCAUAGUUGGGGUAGGAUUGCAAUCUGGAUUGCAAUCGGGUUUACAACCCAUCCAAGUGACUUAUACAUUUCGAUCUGGCAUAGUUGGGGUAGGAUUGCAAUCUGGAUUGGAAUCGGAUUUACAAUCCAUCCAAGUGACUUAUACGUUUUCGUAUGGCAUAGUUGAGGUAGGAUUGCAAUCUGGAUUGCAAUCGGGUUUACAAUCCAUCCAAGUGACUUAUACAUUUCGAUCUGGCAUAGUUGGGGUAGGAUUGCAAUCUGGAUUGGAAUCGGAUUUACAAUCCAUCCAAGUGACUUAUACAUUUCUAUCUGGCAUAGUUGGGGUAGGAUUGCAAUCUGGAUUGCACUUGGAUUUGCAAUCCAUCAGAAUGACUUAUACAUUUGGAUAUGGCAUAGUUGGGGUAGGAUUGCAAUCUGGAUUGCAACUGGAUUUGCAAUCCAUCACAAGGAAUGAAACAUUUGGAUAUGGCAUAGUUGAGGUAGGAUUGCAAUCUGGAUUGCACUUGGAUUUGUAA